AGGUAAUAUCUCUUGACGUCAGAACAACACGGAAAAGUACACGCUGCAGCAGUAGCGAUUACCACUUUGCUAUACUUUGUUUUAAAGCGUCUCUUUUCUGUGGGCAACGGUGUUUUUUUUUUUUUACACAGGUCGGGUUUUGCUGAUAAUAUAUCCAUUGUUUGUGACCUAGUAAGAAGCGAGUAGUUAGUGUUGGAGUCGGGUGAAGUAGCGUAAGCACUGCAGAGAAGCUAUAUCUGCUAAGGAGCUGUUUCGAAAAAGUUACCGUCUUGACAGGACUCAUUGGCACCUACCUCAGCUGAAGACCCGAACAUCACAGACAUGAACACAGAGAAUUUCUCUCUGAGUGAGAAGAUAGUGUCCUCUUCCUACAUACGGCAGGGGUCUCAGGCUCGGCGUGGUCAUGAGCAGUUGAUAAGGGUCCUGCUGGAACAGGGUAAGUGUCCGGAGGAGGGAUGGAACGAGAGCACCAUCGAGCUGUUCCUGAGCGAGCUGGCCGUCAUGGACAGCAAUAACUUCCUGGGGAACUGCGGGGUCGGCGAGCGGGAGGGCCGAGUGGCGUCCGGCCUGGUGGCCAGGAGACACUACAGACUCAUCCAUGGCAUCGGACGAUCAGGUGACAUCGCGGCCGUCCAGCCCAAAGCUGCUGGCUCCAGUCUGCUCAACAAGCUGACCAACUCCGUCGUGCUGGACAUCCUCAGGCAGGCCGGUGUGCGGAGCGCCUCUAGCUGUUUCGUGGUUCCAAUGGCGACGGGGAUGAGCCUGACGUUGUGUUUCCUGACCCUGCGCCACCGACGUCCAGGGGCCCGCUACAUCCUGUGGCCCCGCAUCGACCAAAAGUCCUGCUUCAAAGCUAUGGUCACGGCAGGCUUUGAGCCGAUCGUGAUCGAGAACAUUCUGGAAGGAGAUGAGCUGCGGACAGACCUGGAGGCGAUGCAGAAGAAGAUCGAGGAGCUCGGGGCAGAAAACAUCCUCUGUGUCCACUCCACCACUUCCUGUUUCGCCCCGCGCGUCCCUGACAGACUGGAGGAGCUAGCGGUCAUUUGUGCUAAACAUGACAUCCCCCAUGUGGUAAACAACGCUUAUGGAGUGCAGUCAUCGAAGUGCAUGCACCUCAUCCAGCAGGGUGCUCGUGUCGGGAGGAUAGACGCCUUCGUCCAGAGUCUGGACAAGAACUUCCUGGUCCCAGUGGGUGGGGCCAUCAUCGCUGGCUUUGACGAGGCCUUCGUGAAGGAGAUCAGUAAGAUGUACCCAGGCCGAGCGUCUGCGUCUCCCUCUCUAGACGUACUGAUCACACUGCUCACGCUAGGGGCCAGCGGCUACAGGAAGCUCCUCUCUGAGAGGAAGGAGAUGUACAGCCACCUGACCCAGGAGCUCAGUACCCUUGCCCAGCAGCAUGGAGAGAGACUGCUACACACACCACACAACCCCAUCUCUCUGGCCGUGUCUCUCGAUGGUCUGCAGGCUCAUAGUGACCAGGCUGUCACCCAGCUGGGCUCCAUGCUCUUCACCCGACAGGUGUCUGGCGCCAGGGUGGUUCCUCUGGGCGCGGUGCAGGAGGUUAAUGGUCACACGUUUCGGGGCUUCAUGUCACACUCAGAGAUGUACCCCUGCCCGUACCUGAACGCUGCCUCCGCCAUCGGCGUAACCCGCGGCGACGUGGAGCUCUGCAUCAAGCGCCUGGACAAGUGCCUGAAGAGCCUGAGGAAGGCAGGCAGCGCUGGGGCCAGUGGGGAGACAGCGCCCCCUUCAGCACAGGAAGACCAGGGUGCUGCACCAUGAACCUGCAGCCAUACGCACACACAGGCGCGCUGCUGCUGCUGCUGCUGCUGCUGCCACCUGCAGGCUGGGAGGCUCAGCGCACGUAGCUGCCGACUCGGGGACAGAUGAAGCUUGGGUCUGUCUGUGGCCUUGAUCAGAGCUUCCCAUGGGGCCUGUUGUGUACGUCUCACUGGGGAGGGAAAGGAAUGCUGGACCGAGGGGUGAAAAUAAAUAAAAUUAAAUAAUGUAAGAAUGAGGCGAGGCCUCCUGGUCUCUGACCUGGGUCUCACUGAGCAGCAGGAAUGGAGUAUUCUCUGUGUCCUGUAUCAGUGUAGUUCGGUUAAUUUGCAUCAGGUGCUACUGAUCAAGCCUGUAUUAGUUUUAAAGUGUGUGU